GUGACAUACUUUCACUGACAAUAUAACUUUAACUUAUUCAUCGAAUUCUAUUGCCUGCCACCAACCAUACAGUAUAGAGAUGUGCCAGGUUAUGCACCAAAAAUGUCGCAAAGGAGCUUUCUGGAUCUGCGGCUCAAGCAUUCGGUUAAAGCCGCGUCAUCAUGAGACAGCCAGGACGCCCAUUCGUAUGCCGCCGUAUCAAACGCUGAGCAUUAGCUUCGGGCCGCAGGACUAUGUACCCUACGCUUUGCUACAAACCGAGUCCUACUUGAUUUCCCCCCGCCAGACGGAGCACUAUCCAAGCAUUACCGACGAGCAUUCGAGACAGACCGAGGCCUAUCCCAGCCAGACAUCGCAGCAGGACAAAAGCUCACCCCUUGCAAGGACUUUGGCAUGGCAACCAAGGCAGGAACUGCGCGGACUACUAGACUUUAUAUAGAUCUCGUUGAUGUUAGUUUUAAGGAUAUAAAUGUUUUCCACUUUUUUAUCUAUUCAUACUAGGUUAAGUUAUGAUGAAUAAACCUAUCCUUGCUGUAUCCUGUAUGGGGGAAUCUAUUCCGAUUAAAAAAGUCGUGUCAC